AGUACGAUUAUGGCAGAAUACAGCCACAUACAAAACCAGCUGGAAUUACAAAAUACUAGUUUAGGAAAAAGCUCUGUGAUUAAUUCCUUUGAAAAUGAUCUCCAGGAUAUUAUGGAUAGCCUCAACCAGAAGAAAUAUUCAUCAAGCCUUAAAUUUAAAACAAAUGGGGACUCCUCCGGUUCCUAUUUAACCCUAUCACAACCUGUGCCAGCUAAACCCAGCCCUUCAUCUAGUGUUAAAAAUAUAAAUUCCGCUACCAAAAUUCAAGGAUGUAAACCCUUUUCUUGUGAGAGCCCUUAUCUUUCAGAUAAAAGUGUCUCUGUAAAGCAUAUGGGUUUCACUUCUCCAUCCUCUAGUGGGUACAGCCUGGGAAGGACAGACUUCGAUAUUCAUGCCAACAGAGAAAAUGAAAAACUCUUUGGACAUGUGGAUAAGUUUCACUAUUCAAAAUAUAGUCAAAAAAAUAAAUCGUAUGACAAUGUCUUCUUCCCAGCAGUGCUGGAUGGGAAGAAGAACUCAGGCUCUCUUCUUGCAAUGUGGAAUGGAAGCUCAGGUAGUGAAAUAAUUCUCUCACCUGUCAGCAGUUCAGGGGCUGCAAGCAUGCCUUCCAGCCCAAAACAAGGCAGGAGGAUGAAUAUUCAAGACCACCUAACCCUUCAUUCAAGACCAGUUAAGCAUAAGGAGACCAUGACUGAGACUCUGGGUUCAAGAACUAGGAAGUAUUCUGGUGGGUCACUGGGUCAUAUGGGAGUUUAUAGUCGUUCUCUGCCCAGACUGUACAAAUCGACAGAAAGCCAGCUGAUGCCAUUAAGUUUGCCUCCAAGAAACUCUCUUGGUAAUUCCAAAAGAAAAAAACACGGAGAAAAAGAUCUACCUCAAAGUGCAUUAGAUGCUGAUAAUUACCUUAAUUUUUCUUCUUGCAGCUCAGGGGUGUCACCAUAUACAAAUUCUGUGUCUGACAGUAAUUCCUAUGUUAGUUCAACUCUUAGUGUUCCUGCAAGCCCCCGAAUAGCUAGAAAAAUGCUUUUAGCAUCUUCCUUCUCCCAUGUUUCUGAUGAUUUUGAUAGAUUUGGACUCUCAGGGACAAGCCCCAGUAAUUCUUUUUCCCCUGUGGAUCUUGACAGAACAUUCUCUGUCAGAAGAAACAUUUCCACUAGUUCCAUGGAGUUUGAUGAAUCUGACCUGGAAAGCUUCAGACAGACACCUACCUUACGGGAGAGAAAGAACAGUAUUAGUUCAAUUUCUGGAAGAGAUGACCUAAUGGACUAUCACAGGAGACAAAGGGAAGAGAGGCUUAGAGAGCAGGAGAUGGAACGACUGGAGCGACAGCGGCUGGAGACCAUCCUCAAUUUAUGUGCUGAAUAUUCCAAGUCUGAUAGCGAUUCUGCUGCUGCUACCACUGUUGCUGAUGUUCAAAAAAUUAAUAAAGAACUUGAAAAACUUCAGCUGUCAGAUGAAGAUUCUGUAUUUGAAGAUUCUCAAAUGAAUCCAGAAGCAAGAUUUAGAAACCACUUGAAAUCAUCAGCAAGUGAUUCUGAUUUCUCAGAGUGUAGUAAUCUCAAUCGAAGUGCUGCCACUUUCCUUUCCUCUAGAGGGAUUAGAGCUGAUGAACACUUCAGUGACAAUAUGAAGACUCCAGUUUUAGCUUCUUCUGCCUUCUUGAAGGGUUCCAAUGAGUCUUCGUACCUAAGUAUCAUACCAAAGACGCCAGAAUGCACAAGUGAUGAGCAAAGAGGGCAGGAGCUUGGUCGGCUGGAGGAAGAACACAUAACAAUACUAAAUAACUUAGAGGAACUUGAACAGAAGAUCAAAGAGUUAAAUGACCAGAUGGAUGAAUCUUCAAGAGAGCUGGAUAUGGAAUGUGCUCUUUUGGAUGGGGAACAGAAAUCUGAAACAACUGAACUUCUGAAAGAGAAGGAAAUAUUGGACCAUCUGAACAGGAAAAUAGCUGAGCUGGAGAGAAAUGUUAUUGGUGAAAAGACAAAGGAAAAAAUAAAGCUUGAUGCUGAAAGGGAAAAACUAGAGAGGCUUCAGGAGCUUUACUCCGAACAGAAGACCCAGCUUGAUAAUUGCCCUGAAUCCAUGAGGGAACAGUUACAGCAGCAGCUGAAGAGGGAUGCUGAUCUGUUGGAUGUAGAAAGCAAACACUUUGAAGAUCUGGAGUUUCAGCAACUUGAACAUGAGAGCAGGUUAGAUGAGGAGAAAGAGAACCUGACACAGCAGCUCCUGCGUGAAGUAGCUGAAUAUCAGCGCAGCAUCGUCAGUAGAAAGGAGAAGAUUUCUGCUCUCAAAAAGCAAGCCAAUCAUAUCGUCCAGCAGUCGCAGAGGGAACAAGAUCAUUUUGUAAAAGAGAAGAAUAACUUAAUAAUGAUGCUGCAAAGAGAAAAAGAGAAUCUUUGUAAUCUGGAAAAGAAAUACUCUGGACUCUCUGGAGGAAAAGGAUUUCCUGUCAGUCCUAGCAGUCUAAAAGAGGGUUAUAUCAGUGUAAGUGAAAUUAGUGAGCUGUAUGGCAAUUCCACGAAUAGAUCCCCUUCCACUCAGCCCCCCACAGAUGCUGACGCUGUUGCCACUGAGCCUUCCACGGCUGUGCUGGCGAGCCAGCCACAAAAUAAAGAGCACUUUAGAAAUCUGGAAGAAAGAAAGAAACAGCACAAGGAGGGCACGUAUUUGAGUGAUACGCUACCCCGCAAGAAAACCACUCCUUCUGUAUCGCCACACUUCAGUAGCGCUACUCUCGGACGAAAUGUUACUCCUAAAGGUCAUUUACCACUAGGACAGAGCAACAGCUGUGGCAGUGUACUUCCUCACUGUCUGGCAACCAUAACCAAAGAGUCCGAAUCAAGAAGAAUGCAUAAAGGGUAUAAUCAUCAACACAUAUGUGAAGAACAAAGGCAGAAAUCUCCUGAAUUCUACAGCAGAACUGCAUCUGAAUCUAACGUGUAUCUGAAUAGUUUCCAUUAUCCUGAUCAUAGCUACAAGGACUAUGCAUUUGAUACAUUAAGCUUAGACAGUUCUGACAGUAUGGAGACCAGCAUAUCUGCGUGCUCCCCUGAUAAUAUUUCCAGUGCCAGCACUUCAAAUGUUGCCAGAAUAGAAGAGAUGGAGAGACUUCUGAAACAAGCUCAUGCUGAAAAGACACGACUGCUUGAAUUCAGGGAACGGGAAAUGGAAGCCAAAAAACGAGCCCUGGAAGAAGAAAAGCGUCGCAGAGAGCAACUAGAAAAAAGAUUACAAGAAGAAACUAGCCAGCGGCAAAAAUUAAUUGAAAAGGAAGUCAAGAUACGUGAGAAACAAAGAGCACAGGCCCGCCCCUUGACUCGCUACUUGCCGAUCAGAAAGGAAGACUUCGACCUACGAGGUCACAUCGAAACAGCUGGUCACAACAUAGAGACCUGUUACCACAUCUCACUCACGGAGAAGACCUGUCGAGGCUUUCUGAUUAAAAUGGGAGGGAAAAUUAAAACAUGGAAAAAACGGUGGUUUGUUUUUGAUAGAAGCAAGAGAACAUUUUCUUAUUAUGCAGACAAGCAUGAAACUAAAUUAAAAGGAGUAAUAUAUUUCCAAGCCAUUGAAGAAGUCUAUUAUGAUCAUCUAAAGAAUGCAUAUAAGAGUCCUAACCCAUUACUCACUUUCAGUGUUAAGACUCAUGACCGAAUCUAUUACAUGGUUGCUCCAACGCCAGAAGCCAUGAGGAUAUGGAUGGAUGUUAUAGUUACAGGAGCAGAAGGCUACACCCACUUCAUGUUAUAA